AUGCAGCGAGCCAUUACUGCUAUUGUAUGGAAGAACAAACGACCCACAGGAGCGAUGCGUCUUACCAUGAACUUGAGCAUAGUGAAACUCCUACAUUUGAUUGGCCACGCUUGCAAGUGCAUUUUUCUGAUUUCCAAGACGCGGACUUCUCGGGCUCGCACUCUUCAAUUAUACCCAGACACAAUGUCGGAUGUCGAUGAGACCAUCAAGCGCCUGUCAACUCGUAAAGGAGUUGAAGGUAUAGUUAUCCUUAACGACGAGGGGUUGACAAUACGCUCAACGCUAGAUGCAGAUUUGACAAAGAAGUACGCAACCUAUGUCUAUCCAUUGGUUGGAAAAUCAAGGACUUCCGUUUCAGAGAUCGACCCUGAGAACGAAUUGACGUUCCUCAGAAUUCGAACGAAGAAGCAUGAACUGAUGAUCUCACCCGAUAAGGAAUACACUAUGAUAGUCGUUCAAAAUCAUCACGAAUAGACAACGAUAGUGUAGUUAUGACCAGAACAGCAGUAAAAAGAAAUUCGAUCUAUACAAAUGCAGCUUUUAUUAUUCACGACAAGUGGAGUGCGACGGGGUUGAAAAUAUGAUUAAAAGAAAAGAAAAAGAAAAGAAAACAAUGCAACAAAGGUGGGAGGUUUUUUUUUUUUUGGUGUAGAGUCGUCAAAGCAUGGAGAAGUUCUCAGACUAUGCUUAUUUCUUGGAGCGCUUGUUGGCAUUGGUUUUUGCCUUUGCGAUGUUCUGCUUUCUCUGUUCCAAUUUGGCAGCCUGUAAUUUAAAAGUGGAGC